AUGUCCCAGCAUUAUUUCCAGAACACGUACUUCAAAUUUGUGGAAGUUUGUAGGUCCAAUUCGGUGAGUGCCGUUAGCACCAUUCGGGGCGCUUGCCGGACGAUUUGGACAUCGUACCAUUGGCAUAAGAUGGAACGAGUCCGAGGGGCCAGAGGGUAUGAUGGUGCCCCACUCAUCGAUGCUACCGGCACUACUAACGUCCAACGAGCAUCCAUCGCCGAUGAAGCUGCAAAGCGUAUCAGCAUCAUGUUCCUGCAGCCAGUUGGAACGAAUGGUGUCAAAGAAUGGACAUAA